AUCCUGGGGAUGAUCCUGACCGUGGCCGGGUGGCUCGGCGGGAUGGUGGCCUGCUGUCUGCCCAUGUGGAGAGUGGCGGCGUACAUAGGCCAGAACAUCGUCAUCACGCAGAUCGUGUGGGAAGGUUUGUGGAUGAGCUGCGUGGUGCAGAGCACAGGACAGAUGCACUGCCGCGUCUACGACUCCAUGCUGGGGCUUCCCAACGACCUGCAGGCUGCGCGCGCUCUGACAGUCGUGAGUACGCUGCUCGGUGUGGUAGGCAUGGCUCUGGCUGUGGCUGGGGCGAAGUGCACCAACUGCACAUCAGAUGCAGCUAACAAGCCGCGCAUUAUGCUGGCAGCCGGGGUGACGUUUAUAACGUGUGGGCUGCAGCUGCUAGUGGCCGUCUGUUGGACAGCUAACGGCAUCAUCCUGGAUUUCCAC